AAGAAGAAUAAUACGAAUUCGCUAUAAGGAAGAUUUUCACGAUUGUAAUGAUUUGAAGCUCGUGUCAGUAGAGAAUAUUUGAAAUGAAUUUUUGCUGCGUGAAGAAGUCAGAAAUGCCUAGCACGAUACAAAUACGAACGGUAUCGACAGUGUCGCAACGCGCACCAUCUUGGUCAAGUAUGGCGGUGGUAGAUUUGAAACUACAAGAACUGUCAUCGCAGGAUUUCUCAGGGAAAUACUUAGUGUUGAUCUUCUAUCCGUGCGACUUCUCAUUCCUAUGCCCGACCGAGCUUAUCCAAUUUAGCGACCGCGUUGGCGAAUUUCGCGCUCUUGGCGCAGAGGUGGUAGCUGUUUCGACGGAUUCCGAGUUCUCGCACUUCGCUUGGAUGACGACGCCGCGGAAACAAGGCGGCCUGGGCGAGAUGCGAAUCCCGUUGCUGGCCGACAAGAGCCAUCAGAUAACGGAAGACUACGGUGUGCUGGACGAGAAACAAGGGACCGCGCGUACAGCCUUGUUUGUCAUAGAUCGACAGGGAAUCAUACGUCACAUGACGAUAAAUACCGAAGCAAUACCGCGAUCGGUGGACGAGGUGCUGCGUGUUGUGAAAGCUUGCUGCUUCGUGGACAAAUACGGACCUACGUGCCCGUACGAAUCGCUGCAGCCGAAGAACGCGUCCGGCGAGGAACCGGAUUAUUUCAGCACGAUUUAAUUUAUUCAACAAUGCGUCGUUCACGCGUUUGCGACUUCUUUCAUUCAUAAUUCCGCGUAAGUAAGCCGCGCGGUGCGCGCGUUAAUCACGCGACGACUAUGCACAAGUCGCGACAAUGUGCCGCGAGUGACGUAAAUAAUUGACGUUGGCUAUAAAUAAACGAUCUCCCGACGUGUAAUUUCAACGUGACACAGAUCACCUGAAGUGUGAACACUUACUUGUCGG